AUGGAUGGGCUUCAGCAAAUAGGUCUUCCAGUGGCAGCCAUUGUUGCAGCUGCUGCUCUUACUUUCUAUGCUGUUAGUUUUUCUGAGCUCAGAGAGAAAUCAAUCAGAGAUUUAGAAGAGAGGGAUGAUGAUGAAAAUGGUAAUGGUUUCAAGUCAUCUUUGAGCUCUAGAGAGAGAAGGGCGAAAAGAAAGGCUGAGAAGCAGUCCAAAUCUUGA